AUGUUCAUCGACGACUUACCAGCAUUACAAGAUUGGCUUGUUACAACACUGGAACUAUUAUGUGACAGUGAACCAAUAGGUCUUGCUAAUGAUAUUAUUCGACUUGUUACUGAAGAUAAAACAUUAAAUAUAAUUCGUGAAAAUUGUGUUCGUCGUCUUGAAAAUAUUUUCAAUGAAUCAACUGUCAAUUUUGUUGAUCAAUUAUUUGAUAAUAUUCAAAAUGGACAAUAUAUAUCUGAAACAGAAAAAGAAAAUAUUCCACCAAAACCAAUGAAAAAUACAACUAAAAUAUUUGAACAACAAGAAAAUAAUCAUGAAACUCAAUUGAUAUCAAAAUCAACAACAUCUCCAUUUACAACUAUAAAUAGAUCAAUAAAAAGAAGAUACUCUUCUAUAUCUGAAAAUAAUUCAUCAUCAACUAAACGUACUCAAUAUUCUUAUUCUCAUUUAUCAACAGAUUCUGUAUCAUUAUCAAGUACACAUAUUAUUAGUAAAAUUGAAAUAUUACGUGUUUAUGAUAUUAAAUCAACAUAUAUUAAAAAUAUUCUUGAUUGUUUAAUGGAUUUACCAGAAUUAUAUUCAUUAACUAUAAAUGUUAUUGAUAAUAUAGAUGAUGUAAAUAUAUUCUAUAUUAAAAUAUUUGGAUUAUCAAAAUUAACAUUUUGUCAAGUUGAAUAUAAAACAAUUCCAACCAAAACAAAUAGAAAUUACUUGGUUAUAGAUGAAACAAUUUUUAGUCCAUUACAACAAUUAAUUAUUAAUGCUGAUUUUCCAACAAAUUCAUUAGAUAUUUUAUUUUCGUACUUGCCUCAAAUUCGUCGUUUAUCAAUUGAUAGACUUACACCAUCAACAACAAAACAAAUAAAACCAAUUAUUAUGCCUUAUUUAAAACAUGUUACAUUGAAAUUGAACAACAUCAAGUUCAAUGAAUUUGAACAAAUAAUGAAGAAUUUUUUUGAAAAUAUGCAAAUCUUAUCAAUCAAUACAAAUAAUGAUCAAGAUUAUAUUCAAGCAACUAAAUGGGAACAAUUAAUCAUAAAUCAUAUACCAGAUUUAAAUAUAUUUAGUUUAUAUUAUGAUGGAAUUGAUAAUACUACAUCUAUUCAUAAUCAUUUUCAAUUAAAUGAAUUAAUUGAAAAUUUUAAUUCAUCGUUUUGGAUUGAAAGAAAAUGGUUUUUCAAUUACCAAUAUGUUGAUGAAGAAUCAUCAGAUGGUGGUAUUGUUUAUACAAUUGAUCCAUAUAGAAAACAUUAUCACACAUAUCAACCAGCAAAUCAACUUGAACUUGAUAUGAAUUUAAAUGCUGUUAAACAUGUUCACAUAUGGAAAAAACAAAUGUCAAUCAAUCAUUUAAAUAAUUUUCGAAAUGCUAAUACAUUAACAUUAGGUCAUGAUAUAAAUUAUAUAUCUUUCGAAAUACUUAAUCACGUCGUAUGUUUUAAAAAACUGAAUCAUUUAUAUAUCAAAAGCAUAUAUUUUUGUUUUGAAAAUAUACUUGAAUUAUUACAUUAUGCACCAAAUAUUUCUUCAAUCAAUAUACAAGCUAUAUUUGUAUGUAAUCGUACAUAUAAUACUAUACAAAAUACAGAAUAUUAUAAUGAUUUAUUAAACAAUAAUCAUGUUAAAUCUUUUACAACACGAGAUAAUUGCGAUUUUUAUACCAUAAAUAUGAUUUUAAGUUUAUUUAAUAAAAUUAAUUAUUUAAAACUCAACAUCAAUGUUCAACAAAUUCAACAAAUUGCUGAUCGUUUAAUUGACUGUAUAAAUUCAAAAAAAAAAGAAAAAUUAUUAAUAUGUAUAUGUAACAUAUCUUCAAACGAUAUCAAUAAAUUCAAAUCUAUAUUUCAAAUAAUUCCUGAUUGUUUUCUUGAUAUUAUUAGUUCUUGCGUUUAUUUAUACUUAUAA